CGAACGGCACUAAAAUAAUUGCGGUUCACCUCGACUCUCAUAUGCGGUCUCCAAAGCCAAGACGACGGUGCUGCAUCUGUCCUAAGUGCCAUGGCUAGAAAGACGGACAUACCCUCCUCGUACUAUGGUGAGCCACGCAAGUUUGACCCAAACUUCAGAGGCCCUGUACAUAACAGGAGCUGUACAGAUGUGGUUUGCUGUGUUAUUUUCAUCAUCGUCAUCCUCGGCUACAUCGCUCUGGGCACCGUUGCCUGGAUCCAUGGCGACCCCAGGAAGGUUGUCUAUCCAACUGACAGCCACGGCCAGUUCUGUGGCCACCAGAACACCCCCAAUGCAAACAAAGCCAUAUUAUUCUACUUCAACAUGUUGAAAUGUGCCAAUCCUGCAGUUUUAAUUAACCUCCAGUGCCCUACAACCCAGCUCUGUGUCUGCAAGUGCCCUGACAGAUUUGCAACUCUCCUGGAUGCGUGGAAUACCAAAAACUGGGAAUAUUACAAGCAAUUCUGCAAGCCGGGCUUCGAGAUUGGCAGAAAGUCCAUUGCAGAAGUCAUACGAGAUGAAGACUGCCCGUCUAUGAUCGUGCCAAGCAGACCUUUCCUUCAGCGGUGCUUCCCUGAUUUCAUUACAAGAAAUGGAAUUUUAACCGUAGCCAAUCAGACCAUCUUCAAAGACGGACACAAUAACGAGAGAAGUGUCAGCGACCUUAAAGAUGCUGCCAAAGGUAUGGCCAGUCUGCUGAAUGCCAAAGAAGUUGGCAUGAAGAUCUUUGAGGAUUAUGCAAACUCCUGGGACUGGAUCCUCAUGGGUCUGGUGAUAACGAUGUUGGUCAGCCUGCUCUUUAUCCUGCUCCUGCGCUACACUGCUGGUGUGCUCCUGUGGCUCAUUAUCUUUGGUGUCAUCACUGUGGUUGGCUACGGUAUCUGGCACUGUUACUGGGAGUACAGUACGCUGAGCGGGAAGCCAGGCGCUAACGUUACCAUCUCUGAUAUUGGCUUCCACACAGACUUCAGCAUUUAUCUUCAGCUCAGCCAAACAUGGCUCAUCUUCAUGAUCUCACUUUCUGUGAUUGAGGCCAUCACUGUGAUAAUGCUGAUAUUUCUGAGGAUGAGGCUGCGCAUUGCUAUUGCGUUAUUAGAGGAGGGAAGCAGGGCCAUCAGCUACAUCAUGUCCACUCUCUUCUUCCCUGUCGUAACCUUUUUCCUUCUGGCCAUCUGCAUCGCUUACUGGGCCGUCACAGCAGUCUUCUUAGCAUCAUCUGGUAAUGCAGUCUACAAGGUCACACCUACUGACGAUAAAUGCAUGUAUGCCAACCUCACAUGCAGUCCAAAGACCUUCAGUCAGACCAAUAUUACCAAAGUGUGCCCCGGGUCGCAGUGCAUGUUUGCCUUCUACGGUGGAGAGAGUGUGUACCACCGCUAUAUAUUAGUCCUCCACCUGUGUAAUCUGUUCGUGUUCCUCUGGCUGGUCAACUUUACCAUUGCGCUGGGCCAGUGCACCCUGGCCGGGGCCUUCGCGUCCUACUACUGGGCCCUGAAGAAGCCAAACGACAUCCCUGCCUGCCCACUCUACUCUUCUUUUAGCAGAGCCAUACGUUACCACACAGGUUCUCUUGCCUUUGGCUCUCUGAUCCUGGCUGUGGUGCAGAUGGUCCGUAUUGUUCUCGAGUACCUGGAUCACAAGCUAAAAGGUUCUCAAAAUGCAUGCGCUCGAUUCCUGCUUUGCUGCCUCAAAUGCUGCUUCUGGUGCCUGGAACAUUUCAUCAAGUUUAUAAACAGAAAUGCAUACAUUAUGAUAGCAAUAUAUGGGAAGAACUUCUGUACCUCUUCCAAGGAUGCUUUCUUCCUCUUGAUGAGGAAUGUUAUUCGCGUGGCUGUCCUGGACAAGGUGACAGACUUUCUGCUCUUCUUGGGAAAACUGCUUAUUUCAGGAAGCGUCGGUGUUCUUGCAUUUUUCUUCUUCACACGUAAAAUACCAGUCAUUCAAGAGGAGGUGCCAUCCCUAAAUUACUACUGGGUACCCCUUCUGACGGUGAUAUUUGGAUCCUACAUGAUUGCACAUGGGUUUUUUAACGUCUAUGCUGUGUGUGUGGACACAUUAUUCCUGUGCUUUUUGUGGGAUCUGGAGGUGAACGACGGCUCUACCAACCGGCCCUUCUACAUGAACAAAAGCUUGCGACACAUCCUGGACAAGAAGAACGUCAAGAAGGCAAGCAGGAAAGUUGUGGGAAGGAGAAAGACUUAAGAUCAUUUACCAAAGCUUGGUACAAGCCCAUGUGGCAAUAAGCAUUUUGCCAAAUAUGAUUAUUAUAUAUAUAUAUAUUAUAAAAAGUGUACACAAGUUGCAACUGUACACUAUAAUGGACAAACUGUAGAAAACCAACUCUAAUAAUUAGAUUUGCCCACAUGCUCAUAAUUUAUGGACUAUAGUUUGGUAUUUAUAACUGCAGAAGUUAGCUUCUCAAAAACAUUUUUUUUGAUCACACCAAGUUCUUAUCCAUUUUUUAAAAUCUGUUUUUUGUGUGUUUUACAGCUACAGUCAUACUACACAGUAGUUCUAUUGGAACAAGUGGUUUCUUAUUAAGAUUGUGGUAAACAUCAGAUGUUUUUGCUCACUUGUAGUUGCCAGUUUUCACCACUCGGUGGUGCCAGUCAUCACCAGAGAGUCUGUGUACUGUUGUUGAGGUGUGAAUGCACUGCUGAUUGAACCAGGUCAAACGUUAGCUCAUCUGUGUAUUGUGUUAUCACAGUUUUUGACCUCAAAUUGUCUCAUAUUGAGAAACAUAUUCGCCACUUAGUGUCCACUGUUACCUUAUUUAACUGUCAAGGACAUAAUGGCAUAGCCGUUCAAAGUGCUCUUGUGCCUUUUCUUAGAAUUGCCACAUAGGGUGUCUAAUUGCAUCUUGCAGCUACUUAGUUUACAUUCAAAGAUGCUUGUCUGAUUUUUUUUAAAAAGAAAGGGAUAGUCUGCAGACAGUGAUGGAGGUUCAUGUCUUUUCCAGACUUUAGGGGUAGGAUUGAAAGCUGAAGUAGAAGCAUGUUCUGUGUUUGGUGAUUUAGAAGAGUGUCCCAUAACUGUAAAUCCACAGGUUUAUUCUCAGCACCACCCUGUGUUUCUAACCACCGAAAAUACAGAGCUCUACUCUACCUGUUACACUUGCUUUGUUUUCUUACCUGCUACUGAUACCAGCACAAGUAUGUGUCACUCACAGCUGCUCUUAAAGUGAUACUCCCCCAAAAUGUAUCUUAAUAGUAUUAGAAAGUCACCUGUAGGUUUUAAAGGUGACUGUAAAAAGUAUACUGCCAGUUUUCACAGCAUGAAAAAUGAUCAGAAUGACCUCAGAAUCUUGUCAGGCUACACCUGCAGUAUAACCCACUUCUCUGCUGUCCAUUUGCAUGCUUUGUAUGUCUGAACCACACCUGCAUAAGCUGGAAACAGAGGCAGUGUAAUAAGCCGUCAUCAAAGAAACGCAUGUUUCAAACAGUCUGAAGACACGGAUGGAGAGCAUAGAGGUUUGAGGGGUUUUUCAGUUUUUAUUACUUCUUUUUGUUGCCUGUGAAGGAUGACGCUUCACCCUAAAUCUGAAGAAUUUAAGGCCAACAUUUCUUGUUGCAGUUAUGACACCAUGUGUCCUCUUGUUGAUCCAAAGUAGGGCUGGUCCUGCAUAGUAUUAUUGAGUUAUUAAGCAUUAGUUAGAUGGAACUUUUGUUGAUUAGUCAUACUGCUUUUAGGAUUAUUUUAAACUUGCCAUUUGUUUUCCAUUGGUUGCUUCCUGGACAUUUCUGGCAUCAGACAAAGAAUAUCUGCUUUUGUGAAGCGACUGAUGUCAGGUCAGUUUGCCUGACUGUUUGUAUUACCGAUGAGCCAGGUUUAGGUAUCACCAGAUUGUUGGUCAUAGGCCUGAUAAAAUAAAGGAGUGACACAGCUUUUGGUAGUUUCACACACUGUGUCCUUGUAUUAUACAGACCUCAAACUUAUGGUGAGGUCUUAGUUGUCUUAAAUGAGUUGUUCAUCCCUCGGAAUGGUGCUCACCUUUAGAUCUUUGAGAUGUGACUCAUGCUUGUGAGUCUCUGUACUGUGUUUGUCAAACCUGAGAGCCUGCCCUCAUGGUGCCUCAGAGUGACAGCACUGCCAGACUUGCACGCCUUGUGCCCCAUUUGAGCUGAACACGCUGAAACAUGUACAACGUAAGCAUUCAAUAAAAGCCAAACAACUCAGCUUGUGUAUCUGAGAAGGAGAGAAAUGAUGCAUGGAGUGCUAAGUGUGGCAUAUUACGUAUGUAGCGUGUUGUUAUUCCUUUUUUUACUCUGAAUAACUACUAUACUCACAGUUGUGUUUUGUAUUUUUAUGUGCAUGCAGCUCAGGUUCAGUUUCGUUCCCAUGAGGGUGAAUACCUGAGAUCUGAUAAGUGAAGUAAAAACUGUGUUUUUAUAUGCCUCCCCCUCCCUCGCAUGUCUGGAAAUUAGAUUCUUUUGGUCAACCACAGUCAACAAGUAGACACAAGUAAAACUUGGGCGUCAGUUUUCUUACCGCAACCUCUGAAAAUGCAGUUCUCUAACCUGUCAGUGCUCCAAACUGUUUUAUUUAUUGUUGCUCCUUUGUGCAGAAAUGCCUCUGUCAUAUAUUUAUUUAUACAGCAGAAGUUGCAUGUUUUUUAACAAUAUAUUGUCUGUGUGUAUGUUCAUUGAAAUAUAGAUGUGUUUUUUACCUCCAUUUUUAUCAGUAAAUUGUUUAUCUAUGAUGCACUUACUUCCUGAAUUCUAAAUAUGCAUACUGAGGUGUAAACGAAGCAACGAGUCACCUGUUGUGUAAAAUAUCUCGUCAUCAUUCAUUCAUCUCACAGGUUUGUGAAAGUAGACAUUUAUUUUCAAAGCAGACUUGACAUACAAUAAAUAAAUUAAAUUGCAAUAUUCAAACACAAACAAUUUCAAGUUCACCUUCAUAAUGAGUUGACAUUUUGGGUGUGGUGGCUUUCACUGAGAGUAGCACGGUCAAACUGUGUCACCAACUACACAAACAAAUAGAAAUCUAUAAUGUCACAAUCCUAUGAGGUACACUGAAACCUUUCCAUGUCCACAUUAUACAGUACAUUUAGGACUGUUAAUUAUAGUCAUCCAAGAUAAGAUCAACAGUGUGUUGAGCAUAUUAUGGAUGUGUUUUCAAGGAAUGCCAACAUGUAAAAGGAAAGGCUUUUAUGGUUCACUUAAAAUGAAAUUAUAUUUACCAUGGAGAUCUGAAUAAAUACUGCGGCUGCUGAUGACGGACCAUCGCUGGUGAAGUCUGAGGCUGUGUGUGUGUGUGUGUGUGUGUGUGUGUGUGUGUGUGUGUGUGUGUGUGUGUGUGUGUGUGUGUGUGUGUGUGUGUGUGUGUGUGUGUGUGUGUGUGUGUGUGUGUGUGUGCGCGCGCGCGCGCCUCAGGUGUGAGACACAGGCAGGGAGGUCAUGGCGUGGGCGGGCAGCAGCGGUUGAAACAUGGAUGGAGGGGAGUGUACUGUGGGCACACAGAGAGCACUGGAGUCAUUACACUGAACAUAAUACAUAUUAAAAUAUGUAACUUCUUUAAAUAAGACAUUAGUAAAAGCUUAAGUACCUUAGUUUAUUUUAACAACUUGUUAAAGAUUCUUGCUUUAUUUUCACAAAAUUAAAUGUCUGUUUUAAUAGUACUGGCCAAACAGUUAUUAGGAGCACUUUGUGAAUGGUUUUAUUUUUCCUCUUCUGAACUCCUGGUGACUGGAAGGACAAAUGUUGUUGUAUUGUGUUGGAUAUCAGAAACAACACUGGCUAAAUAGAAGGAGAGCUGAGUACAUUUCAUGAGCAGUGAUGGUCACUAUGAGCUAAUGGAUAAUCAUAUUUUAAAUAUUUAUCCUUUCAAGUAAGUUUAUGGGCCAGUCUGACUAUUUAUUAAUUUUAUCAAUAAAUUGAUUAUUCAAAG